AUGAGAUACAUCCACAUCCUACAGCAACCGCUGACUCACAUCCAGCAAAAGGAAGCAACAACCCCGAUGGCGAGGUCUGUGUCAACGUAUCACGUCUCCAAACUCCGCACAAUGCAGUCACGACAGGAUGUCAACAACUUGACCCGAACACUGCACGAGCUUUCCCUGAAGACUGCAACCACAGCAAGGCGAGGGCUGACAAAGGCCUACUAUUUGAAGUGUAUUGGUGUGCUCCAAAUGGUCCAACAGUGUAUGUGCGUUUUGGCGCGUGGUGGGCACGUUCGUCUUUGGGUGACCAUAUGCAUCCGGCAUAGUCAGGAUAUCACCAUCUGUCUGAAGGUAGUGGAACUUACAAGCAUGGCGACUCUCGACGAGAAAAUGUGGAGAAAAACAACUAAGAAAAAUGAGAUAGAUGUGUUGUGUGCAGUCAACAUGUCAUCAGACGUACAAUUCACGUUUGAUGCAGGAGUAGAGAAUAAAAACAAAAACACGAUUCUACAUUGUAUAACCGUGGCAACCGUCUUGAAGGAAAAUAAACAAUAUUACAUAGAGCUAUUUGACACAAUACUUGAAGCCUACAUACAAUGGAAGCUACGAAGUGAGACGCAAGACAGUGCAGAAGACGUUAGGUAUAGGGCGAUCCAGCACAUCACCACAGGGGUGGAGAACAAUCAGAAGCUAUCAGUUCUGCAUCUUGCAUUGAAGAAAGGAUGUGUUGACAUUUCAAAGAAGAUUCUUCAAAUGGAGAACAUAAACUGCUUUAACUUUCAAAAGGGGAUACGUGAAUAUAGAGAUAGGAAACGAGUCACAGGAAAGUUCUAUGAUGUGACCCACAUUCUCCCGCUCGGAACUUGGAAACCAUCGCAAGAAAUCACCAGCAACAGAGUUGAACCAGAAGACCCACAGUCAUUCAUGACCAACUUUGGAAGACCAAAACACUUACACGUUCUAAUGAACUUUAAAACCUUAGAUCUGGAUCCCGUGAAAGAAAUAAUCAGCAUUUAUGGUUCAGUGAUAUACUGGAUAUAUAUGCCCUGGACACUCAUGCAUGUCUUGCACAUCAGUUUCUUCACAUAUACUGGUAUUUCGCUCUUGGGUAUGAAGCUUGACGCAGGCAACACCCAAUCAGGUUCAGGGACUCUUCUGGAAGGCGUUCUGUAUUUCCUUGUUCCACUUGAACCUGCCUUGUUCUUCUUCUGGUUUAUAUACACGGUGAUCAGCCUCUCAAUCCAGGCAUUCAGAUAUUCAAUAGGGUCUUCAAGUUUGAUACCAAUGUUAAGCAGAACAAUUUUCUCGAUCUUCAAUUUUGGAUAUUGUGUUCUGGUAUUUGUGUUUUUAGAUGCAUAUCGCAAGGAUGGUCCCGACCAACACAUCCUCCUCUCAAUUACCCUGUCCCUUGGUUGGUUGAUGACUUUGGAAUUUGCGAGGGGUUUUCAACAGUUCCACUAUUUUCAAGACAUAGUCUGGUUUGUUGUUUUCUCGCUUGUAACUUUUAUGCUUGUAUGUGUCAUCUUUCUUCUUGCCUUCACCUGUGCGUUCCACGUGCAGAUACAACUGACAUCAAGCGGUAUGAGUUUUGGAUCCUCUAUGUUUAAAUUGUUCCAAGCCCUUAUUGGAGAAGAUGCGAUAUUUUCUGAUGAAUUUGAAGCAUCCAUCGCGAAAUUUGGGGGUUCAGUCGUGUACUUGAAGAUUAUGUUCAUCUUCUACUCGAUACUGUGCACUAUUAUCUUUCUCAACUUUGUAAUAGCAACUGUAAACGAUGUAUAUUCGGCUCUGGUCAAACACAAAAGACAUCUGUGGGCAAGCCAUUCGUUGAUGCUUGGGGUGUAUCUACAUCUUUGCUUGCCCUGGCUGGUGAACAUGGUUAUCAAACGAAAGAUUAAACACGGUCCUCUGGGUACAGAUCUUGGUCUACAUACAGGAGUACGCUGGUUCGUUGCUGUCCCGGACGUAACAAGGGGAACAGGUCCUGAAACCGAUAUACUUGAACAGGUGGAUAUUUCUCAGCGACUUGACAAAAUAGAAGAACGACUACACAAACUGGAAACUGUAACACGUCGACUUGACAAAAUAGAUGACAGUCUUCAAAGAAUAAUCAAAUCCAUCCGACCUGAUGAAUAAGUAUUUUAUGACUUGGCUUCUUAAAGAUUUAUCAUAAGCAUAUUUGAACAUGUUUGGGUUUUAAACAUGUUAAAGUUUAGAAUAUAAACACGUUGAAACAUUUUUCGAACUCAAACACAUUUAAAGUUAAAACAUGUUUAGAAUAUUAAAAUAUAUUAAAAUAUGCAAAUGAAAUUCACACUGUCAGGCACUUAUAACAGGUCAGGUCAUAACAGAUAUACCACCAGGACUUCAACGAACUAAGGACAAUAUUAACAUAAAAAUGUACAACUUAACAGAACUCGGCCAAUGGUGACUUGGUAAAGUGACGCUUGUGAUGACAACAGUUUCCGUAGAGUAGGCGGUAGCGUGAAGGACAAGAGAUCAGGAGGUUGGAAGUUCGUAUUCCGUGGAGGUUUAUAAGUCUACGUGUUCAUAAAUGUGACGUUGCUAUAUGACCAAUUCCCCUACCUAAAGCUGACAAUGAAAGUUACACCUGAUUACUACGAUAGAU